AUGGCCGGUGAAAGUGAUGAUGAUGAUUUCGGUGGUUUCGCCUGUGAUUGUAUUGUAUCACAGCUAUAUGAAGCAUUACCUGGAUCGCCUGGUCACAGGGUUAAAAAGAGUCUAAAUAAUGUUGAUGACCUACAUGAUCAGGCACGACGACGUGGUUACUGGAUUCCUGGUGUUCCAGUGAAAGCUCAGAUUAUUGAUGUAAAACGGGAUCAAAAAUUUGGACUACAUCUCAUAAAUGCUUAUCUAUAUACAAUUGAAUUAGAGCAUGGACCUUUUCGAUGGACAGUUGUAAAACGAAAUAAAGAUUUUGCAGUUCUUGCUGCACGAUUACUUACGCAUCGUGCAGCUGAAAGAAUACGUGGCCCUGUUAGAAGGUAUUUUUUUUUUCGUUACAUAUUAGCUCAAGAAGUGUUGGAUGACGCUCUCGAAUGUGUCGGUGUUGAUAUAUUAUAUCAUCAAAAUGAUUGUCCGUAUUAUAAAACACCAGAAAGCAAAAAGACGAGUUCCUCAAGCCAGUUAAUCAGUGUAAGUGAUGAUGUACAACUGAGUCGUCCUAGUGAAAAGGAUGGUAUUACUGAGAAACAUGCGCAGUCAAAGGAUUCAGACAAUAGUAAUGCUCAUAAUUUGAGUAGUGCAAAUUUUGUUCAUCCAGAAUAUAAAGAUUUCAUUUCAUCUCCAAGCAGAGAAGAAAUUUUGGAACGAAGAAGUCAUCGAUUGGCAGAAGUAAAGCGACAUCAGUUACCAUCGCUUGGAUUUGUUCCUGAUGCAGUUAGUGAUCCGAAUGAACGCCGUGUAUGCACUGUUAUUGUUUCCAUUUCUCGUUUAGAGCGAAUUUUUAUGUAUCAUAGUCUAAUGGUUCACCGCAAUGUCUCACUACACCAUUCGGAAAUCGAGAUCAGUUCGAUAAUCAGUUUUUUUUCCAUAAUGGAUAAAGGAUUUGUUACUUUCGAAAAACUGGAAAAGUGGCUUCAAGCAGUAUUGCAUAUUCCCGUGAAUAGGAAUCAUCAUGAAACAGCAGAAUUUUUGGAAGUGUCACGCUUUUCUUUCAUUAAUGAAUUAGGCGGUAAGUACUGUGAAAGUUGUGUGAAAAAACGUCCGGGUGGUGGUCGCGUUUUUAUUGGAUGGAAACAAUUCUGUGUUCGUCAUUGCUUAAGGUGGUCGAAGCGGUGGCUGAUUUUGAAAGAUUCAUCUAUUUGCUAUAUGGAUCCAAGGACCGAGCAAAUGCGUUUUGUUCUUUUAUUUGAUCGAGAAUUUGGUGUUUCUGCUGGAAGUACCGAGACAGAAGGAAUGCCAAGUGGAUUAGUUAUUAGCAAUCAGCAACACGUGUUGGCAUUAAAAUGUCCGACACCUCUCGAUGCUGUGCAGUGGAAAACAGCAAUUCUUGAAUCAAUGAAUGGCGUUGGACGAAUAUGGCUGGAAUGUCAUCCUUAUGCGUCAACGUUUCCAGUGCGACGUGCUCAAAGUGUUCGGUGUUUUGUUGAUUCCCGAUCAUUCAUGGAACAUGCUGCAAAUAUGAUGGAGUUAGCGAGCGAGGAGAUUUUUAUUGCAGGCUGGUGGCUUUCUCCAGAAAUUUUUAUGAAAAGACCACCGGUAGAGGGGAAUCGCUGGAGACUUGAUGAAAUUUUAAAGAGAAAAGCUGAACAAGGAGUCAAAGUAUUUGUUCUUCUGUAUAAAGAAAUGGAAAUGGCUUUAGGGAUCAACAGCAUUUAUACAAAACGAACCUUACAGAGUCUGCAUAAAAAUAUCAAGGUGCUUCGCCAUCCAGACCACUAUCUCUCGUCAGGAACAUUUUUUUGGGCUCAUCAUGAAAAGCUUAUUAUUAUUGACCAGCUUAUAGCAUUCGUUGGUGGUGUUGAUUUAUGUUUUGGUCGUUGGGAUGAUUGUCGCCAUAAACUUACUGAUUGCGGUUCGGUGAAAUUUUCAGAACAGCACGAAUUAUGUAUGAGUGGUCUUUCUGUGACAAAAGGUAUAAGGAAAUUAGUAACUGCAGCCGGUACAUUGUCUCCUAUCGGAUUAGAAGAAGAUGAAGAAGUGGCUACAAAAAAAAUUGGUUUUGAUGAAGUUGAUUGUUUAAGUAAACGUAUAGAAGCAGAAACUCUUGAGGAGAAAAAAAAAUCAACAGAAAAUGUAAAAAAGAAUUCAUUAAGUUUUUUGAAGCAGAAGUCGUUUAAAGAAGGUGGAAAUGAUGAAGGAGAGAAAUUGCCUCGCAAGUCAUGUGAACAUGGUGGCAUCUUUUUAUCAGUAGUUAAACGUACGCAGAGUGCAGUCAGAAAAUCAAAAUCAUCAGUUGAAGCACCACCUAUAGAAAUGCUGAAUAUGAAUGCUGGAAAAAUGAACAUUCAAGAUGCAAUGAAUAAGUAUAAAGCAUAUGUGCAAAGUGGAAAAGCAGAAGAGGUUAAGCACAAUGCUGAGAAGAAGUCAACUCCUCCUCGACAACGCAAAAUAUUGUCAAAAGUAGCUCUCAGUUUUAAGCCAUCAUCAGCGAGGAAACGCUGGCAAAAGGUGAAACAAGAAACUACCCGAUAUGAUCUUAGGUAUAUGGAACUGAGUGAUCAAGAUGAGAAAAUUCGUACCAUAGAAGAGCAGAUAAUGGGUGCUGGAAAGCUGUGGCUCGGGAAGGAUUAUGUUAAUUUCAUACACAAAGAUUUUGUUGAACUGGAAAUGCCCUUCCACGAUUUCAUUGAUAGAAAUUCUACUCCCAGAAUGCCUUGGCACGAUAUCCAUGCAUGUACGUAUGGAAGUGCUGCACGUGAUAUUGCUCGGCACUUUAUUCAGAGAUGGAAUGCAACAAAAACUGAAAAGUCGAAAGAAUUGAAGGAAUAUCCGUUUCUGCUACCCAAAUGUUAUGAUUCCAUAAAGGUACCUCGUGUUCUAGAAACAGAUAGUGAUUUAGCUGAUGUACAGGUCAUACGCUCUGUUUCUAAAUGGUCAUCAUUAAUUAACGCUACAGAAGACAGCAUUCAACAGGCAUACUUGUCUUUGAUUGCUAACUCCCAACAUUUUGUUUACAUUGAAAAUCAGUUUUUUGUUUCGAUCAUUGAUUCUGUUGAUGUAAGAAACGAGAUAUGCAAAGUACUUUGUGAACGAAUCAAACGAGCCUAUCGUAGUAAUGAGACCUUUCGAGUGUAUAUAAUGCUACCUCUGCUUCCUGGUUUUGAAGGAGACAUAGGGGCACCAGGUGGUUCAGCUUUACAAGCCGUUCUGCAUUGGACUUAUAAAUCGCUUUGUCGAGGACCUGGAUCAUUGAUCGAGAAUCUCAAAAAAAUUGUACCAGAUCCAAUGGAAUAUGUUCAUAUCGGUUCUCUACGUACUUAUGAAAUCCUCUCCGGGAAACUGCUAACAGAACUAAUUUAUAUUCAUUGUAAAUUAAUGAUCGUGGAUGAUCGGUAUGUGAUUAUUGGUUCGGCCAACAUAAACGAUCGUUCCCAAGCGGGUAACAGAGAUUCAGAAGUUUGUAUUCUUAUCAAAGAUUUCGAAAAUGUACCCUCAAAAAUGAACGGAAAGCUCUAUGAUGCUGGAAAAUUUGCAUUGACUUUGCGAAAGCGACUGAUGAUGGAGCAUUUGGGGUUACUUCCAGAACAGAAACGGAAACCAUUAAAAAGGGAAAUAGAUUUGGAUGAUCCCGUAAUUCGCUCAUUUUUUGUUGGUACAUGGGGAGCUAUUGCUAAGAAAAAUACUGAGAUAUUUGAAAAAGUUUUUAAUGUCAUUCCUUCUGACAAGCUGCGAGACUUUGAGGAAUUACGAUUACAUAUGUUAAAAGUACCGUUAAGUGAAUCGAUACCACAAGUAGCUGAAGAAUAUCUUCGAGAUCUAGUCGGAAAUCUCGUGGAAUUUCCAUUGAACUUCCUUGCACAUGCAAAUCUUGCACCGGGACUUACCUCUAAAGAGGGUAUUGUGCCGUCAUCAGUUUUUACGUGA